AUGAUCCUCUGGCUGAAAGGAGUUGUCUUCAACGUAACCACGGUUGACCUGAAGAGAAAGCCAGCAGAUCUACACAACCUUGCACCGGGCACUCAUCCUCCUUUUCUCACCUUCAAUGGAGAGGUGAAGACAGAUGUAAACAAAAUAGAGGAGUUCCUGGAGGAGAUAUUAGCACCACCAAGGUAUGAAGCUCACCCACCACGAGUAUAUAUGUUAUUGGCCAAAACCGUAACCAGAACCUCCAGACAAGUAUCUCUUGCAUGGUAA